UUUGUGGAACUGAACCUUUUGCAAGUCCCUGUGAAAGCUUUUUGGAGAACAUCUUGGACAGGUCUCUUCAUUUCCAUUUAAUUUUGUCUUUGUAUGGCUGAAACAUUGUAAUUUAAAUGAGUGCUUUCGAGCUCAGAUUUUUUUAAUGCAAAUGUGUGCUGCUUUCCUAUUGAAUUGAAAUCAUCAAUACUUCUUUUUCCCUAUGAAAAGCAGAAUAAAAAGUAAUAUUCUCAGGGUUGAUGGUGAAUUGGGAUGUUACUUUUUUGUGAAUUUAAGCUUAAAAAGGGAGAUACACACAAUGGUGAAGUAUCAAAAUAUUGGCUCAUUCUUCCUUCUGCCCAAGAUAUGAUUAAAGCAGUUCUGUAUAUUUUAAAGAACAGCUGAUGUAGGGAAGGUGCCAAGACACAGCAGACCAGUCACACUCCCUCAAGGCAUUCUGUAUAAGCUGCUUAGGGGAGUGCACACAGAAGUGAGACACUAUGUGCCUUCAGCAAUCUUAUGGUGCUCUAUACCACCCUUGCUUUUGAAGGUUGUGGCGCAUUUUAAUCUGAAAAGUAGGUGUACUCUCAUUUUGAAUUUUUUUGGAAGCUGUCUACCAGGAACCAUAGUCUGAACUUAUAGAACAUCUUAGAGGGAAGUAAUAGCAAAGAAGGUAAAAAAACCCAGAUCCUUGGUUUCCUUUAGAGUAUACUGCAUGCCUGUCUUCAGGCUACUCUUUUAGCUAUAAUGUCUAUAAAUGUAGGGCUUUUUUAAAAUCUCUGAGUGUGGAAGUUCUCCAGUAAGCAUGCCUCCUGAAGCAGGAGCUUUCUGCUCAUCAAAUAUUGCAAGAUACGAAAAACAGCACAUCUCACGCCCCCAGCAUCAAAAGGGUUGGCAACACCUGAGUUGCAUCCAUCCCUGAUCUCUGCCAGACCAAGAGGCAUGUGAUGCUGAAGCAUGUGGAUUGUCUCACCCCUUCUCCCAUUGGACAAGCACUCAUCUCACAGCAAAAAAUGCCUCAGUCCAUGCCCAGUAGCACCCAUGCCAGCAGUAUUAGCAAACAGACCUCAGAGACUGAGCUCUCCUUUUAAUCACAGAAGUUGCUAUUUUCUCUCAGUGUCAGUGGUUGUUGUUCCAGCUCAGGCUUUAUACAUAUUAUUACUGGACUAAGGAAAACUUGAAGUGCUGCUUGCCCUGCAAUACCGAAUUUAUGGAUGAGGAGACAACUUCAGCCUGCCAGAGAGGAAAGCAUGAAAUGGCAUCAAUGAAAUGUGAAGGGAGCAAAAAAAUCCUCUUGGCAGACAGUGAAAACCAGGGCUUUUGUGCAACCCGAAGACUGAAAUCUGAGGAAGAUCCAAGUGAUAUUUAACAUGACCAUCUGUAUCAUUUUGUCACCAACAGUAUGUUCUUGAGGAAGAAGUGCAGAUAUGGAUCACGUAAGCUGCAGUUUCUCUUGUUGUUUCUGAUGCUGGGGUUUUUGCUACUGAUGGUUACAACGCUGAAUCCACCACCCAGCAACCAGAGCAAGGAAGGGACUUUCCAGCCUGUGGAGUUCAACGCCCGGGAAGGGUAUCAGAUGGACUCUGUGGAGACCCAAGAGAUGCUGGAAACCCAGGAGGAGAGCCAGCAGUAUUACCCUUUGGAUGGUCUGUCGCCUUUCAUCUCCCUGCGGGAGGAUGAGUUGAUCAUGGCCGUCGUGUCGCCCACCGGCAAAAGGAACCACAGCAAGGCCAGGAAGGGCUAUCGCGUGGUGAAGCAGCAGGGCAGGCGGCCGGAGGGGAAGGCAGAGGGGGGCCCCGAGUCCCAGCCGCUGUCCCUUCCCCUGCAAGAUGGGCAAGGGGCUGCUGCGGGGGAGCGGCCGCUCGGCCUGGAAACCCACGGCUUUAACGAGGCGCUCAGCGAGCGGAUCGCGCUGCGCCGGGACCUGCCUGAGGUACGACACCCGUUGUGUCUUCAGCAAAAAUAUGACUCCAGUCUGCCCACUGCUAGUGUCAUCAUCUGUUUCCACGAUGAAGCCUGGUCUACUCUGCUGAGAACUGUGCACAGCAUUAUGGAUACAGCCCCAAAGGCCUUCCUCAAGGAUAUCAUCCUAGUUGAUGAUCUCAGCCAACAAGGGCCCCUGAAGUCAGCUCUGAGCGAAUACAUCUCUAAGCUGGAUGGUGUGAAGCUCAUUCGGAGCAACAAGAGGCUUGGAGUCAUCAGAGGUCGGAUGCUAGGAGCUGCACGGGCUACCGGGGAUGUGCUCAUCUUCAUGGAUUCACACUGCGAGUGUCAGAAGGGCUGGCUGGAACCCCUCCUGGCCAGGCUCUCCAGCAACCGAAACAGUGUCGUCUCCCCUGUCAUAGAUGUCAUAGACUGGAAGACCUUUCAGUACUAUCACUCUGUGGGCCUGCAUCGAGGUGUUUUUAAUUGGAAAUUAGAUUUUCAUUGGGAGCCAGUGCCAGAGCAUGAAGAGAAGGUACGACAGUCUCCCAUCAGCCCUAUCAGGAGUCCUGCAGUUGCUGGUGCAGUGGUGGCCAUGGAUCGACAUUACUUCCAAAAUACUGGAGCUUAUGAUUCUGACAUGACCAUGUGGGGAGCAGAAAACCUUGAACUAUCUAUUAGGACUUGGCUCUGUGGUGGCUCUGUAGAAAUUAUCCCAUGCUCCCGAGUUGGGCACGUCUAUCGAAAUCACUUCCCCCGUGCUUUCUCCUAUGAAGAGGCCAUUGUGAGGAACAAAAUCCGAAUAGCAGAGACCUGGCUGGGAUCAUUUAAAGAGAACUUCUACAAGCAUGACACAGUAGCUUUCUUAAUCAGCAAGGCAGAGAAGCCAGACUGCAGUGAGCGCCUUCAGCUACAGAAGAGACUGGGCUGUAAAGAUUUCCAGUGGUUUAUAUCAAAUGUGUACCCUGAACUCUCCCAACCUGGAGACACACCAAGGUUCUCUGGCAAGCUUUACAACACCGGUGUUGGCUUCUGUGCAGAUUACAGGCCUGGAAGAGCUACUGCAGAAGGCUCUAUUGAACUCUCCCCUUGCAGUGACAGUGUAACCCAGCACUUUGAAUAUAACAGCAUGAAGGAAAUCUGGCUUGGUUCUGCUCCGCUGCUUUGCUUUGACGUCAGACACGGGAAAGUUAUCCCUCAAAACUGUACAAAGGAGACAGACAACAGCAACCAGCACUGGGAUGUCCAGGAGAAUGGAAUGAUUGUCCAUGUCCUUUCUGGCAAAUGCAUAGAGGCACCAAAGAGUGAAGAUGAGAAGGACUUGUUUCUGGGUGCAUGUAACAAGAAUGCAAAUCAGGUGUGGCAAUUUGAACGUUCCCAUGGGCUACGUCAGAGGUGACUGACAAGUCUCUGCAGAGGUCAAGUCUCCAAAGUUCAACAUUACUUCUGCUUGGGAUUUAAGAUGCAUUUCCUGCAAGGACAAGAAAGACGUUUGUGUUUGCUGUAGCAUGCAGUGAAGUCAGGAAUGUCUCUUAUUUAAAAGCCUGGCUCCUGGUUAAUCCAGCUCUAGCUAAAAUUUCUAUUUAUUCUGUGAAGCAUGGAAUAGAGACAUUGUGAGAAUCAAUAAAUUCUCAACUCUGCUAUUGCAGAAGAGAGUUAAGUUUGCCCUUUGAAGGAAACAUUGAAAAUUGGCUGCCAGACAGCUUGUCUUCAGUAUAUGCUGUGAGUUCUGAAGAUACAGGAAAAAAUGUGAGAUUUUUGAAACUGUAAGAGGAAGCCAGCCAAACCAGGACAGGAGUUUAGCCUUGUUUUACAGUGCCCUUGACUCAUAUAAAACAAAGUAGGUUUUGUAUGUAUAAAAGUAAUAGAUGUUUCCACUUGUAAUGGCAAAAAUUUUGUUUUCCAAUUAGCCUGAGCCAAAUUUCUACUCUCUGUGAGAUUACAUAGAACAUAAAUUAACACUUAAUCAGGCACUAAAUGCUCUAAUUGACUUGGACUACUCACAGUCCUCGGCGUUUGGCACACCCUUCCUUAAAUCCUUGUCCACAGUCUAAUUUGGAUGGGAGAAUGAGACUGAAAUAUUAACAAAUUUUUGUUGUUGUUUUAAUUAUGUUUAAGGACAGCUUGUCCGGAAACUUUUGUAGCAGUAAGGAGGGUAACAACUUCUCUGCUUAUUUGGGAAUAGAAAGAAUCAGCAGCAUCCAUUUGUUUUUGUAAAGGCAUGGGAUGAGCUUACUAUUAUUAUUAUUAUUCUUAUUAUUAUUACUAGUAUUAUUAUUAUUAUUAUUGUUGCAGUAACAGAAGUGCUGGCUGAAAACAGCAAGUGAAGAGAAACAGCCAGUUUCAACUGUGGCUACCUAGGAAGAAAAUACUGGUUUUCUUCCAUUUGCUUGCAGCUUGAGUUAAGUCUUUCAAGCUGUCAGUUUUAGCCAAGAAGAUUCUGCAGAUUCUUGCUGUCCUGGGUCUCCAAAAUUAUCCUGAAAAGACCAAAUUUUCUGAAGAAGCUUCUUCUGUAGAGCCUGCAUUGCUGCUGACUUGCUGUCUUUCAAAGGAGUCAAUGAGAGAUGAGGUUCAGUAACAAGAAUGCUCUCACACAGUAUGAACUUAGCCAAACAAACUUCCACUUCAGUGUCUCAUUACGGUACUUUACUUUUUGAAGAUAAAGUCAAUAAUGCUGACACCUUCCAAGAGCCUGCUAAGACAGAAGAACAAAGAUUUGGAAGUCUUCCCACACCAACACCACAUCUGAUUUAUAGUAUAAAUCAAUCAUAGUCCUAUGCAUGCAUUAAAGAGGGGGACACCAUUAAUGAAACUCACUUAGGUUUUGAAUUCUUUUCAAGAGACAGAGAUUUAUGGGGUUUUUUUAAAUAUACAGCACAUUGUUCAAAAGGAAGGAGUAACAGAUUAUUCUGCUCAGAGCCUUCCAGUCACCUGCUCUCAGUAAAUCAUAAAAAUUGGUAUCAAGCAUAUAAAAUUGGUUACAACAGAGGACAUGAAGAGUAUUCUCUGUGGUGUUGUCCAAAACAUUUUCCAGUCUCUAACCCUCUGUCUACUUUAAGUGCUACAGAUUCCACACUGUGUUCAGGCAUCACUUCAAUCAUCUUGAUUACCACUUAUGCUUUCUUUGAUAGCAUCAGAAUCUAUUACUAUUUCUGCUGUGUCACUUAAAAUUUCCUUUGACAUUCUGGAAUAUGCUUUAAUUUUCAGCUAAGAUGAUGUUAGCAACCUUUUCCAGAACACGAAGUGAUCUCUGACCACUGCCCAAAUCUAGGGUGAGAAAAGAGAAUUUUUUGAAUUGCAUAAAAGCUGAGUAAAAUGCUGUUUUAAUGACGUGUGAUUCCUUUAUUUUAAAUUAUGAGUAUGCCAGAAUUUUAAAUUAUGUAUUAUUUAUUAUAUUUUGGACACUACACUGGGACCAUAAUUCCUUCAGAAUUUAGGUAAAUGUUAAAAAAAUGUGUAUAAAAAUACAGUAAUUGACCACAGGUGAUAUUUAUCACAAAGAAGAAUGAAAAGAGUUUUGGUUUAGAGAGGAAAUGUUUGGAAUUUCAGAGACAUGGACAUCUUCAUUUAUACUACUUCUUAAUAUAGUGAUAAAAACCUAGAAAAUAAGGUUUUCUGUAGAUACAUGUACAAUAGAAAAAUAUGUUACCUAAUAACUCUUUGAAAAAUAAAAUGAAAAUCUAUGGCACAGUACCAUUCAGAAAAUAAUUGUUAAUGCACUUGUUUCACUUAGUAAUGGAGUAACUGUGUGUUUGGUUUCCAAGGGAACUAAAUUCCAGAGCAUGGGCCAGAAGGGAGCUACAAGGUGGUCUAGGAGGUCUCUGUAGCGAGGCAGCCAGGGGACACGGAUUGUGGAGCAUGCUUCCCUCUAAUAUAAACAUAACUUACUACACACAAAUUAAAAAACCGAAGGGAAACCAUCUAUCCCUGGUUUUCCUAUUUUCCUUCCCAUAUGGCUUUUAAAUAGAUUGGUGGUUGUACCAAUACUGUUUCCUCAUUGUGGUCAUUUAGACUUUGCCCCUGUGGUUACAUCCAUCAGCUAAACUCUUCUCCUCAUGGAACUGGGUGCAAAAAAGAGUGCCAGCUAAGCUUGCUGGUAUGUUUUUCUCAUUUUUACCCAUCUUUCAUGCAAUACUAGCACACAAUGAUACUUUGAGCACCACAAAACAUGGAAUUAUUUUCAAUUCUUUAUUUAGACAAGGUCAACAUUUCAGAUUCCACUAAUUCCCAUGACAGGAGAGAAACAUAAGGACAAGAUGUUUCAUGUAAGAAUGAAGCAGUUUAAACUUUGAAGGCCUCCAAAGCAGAGCUUCAGGCAAGAGCAAAGGAAUUCCAGCAUAACACAAAUAAAUAUCUUAUAGUGUAACUCCACCUGUUUCUUCGAAUUUCGCAACCCAAGCACAGUGAGUGCUUUGAGCCAAACCCACCCAUGAAGCUGAGCUAAAAUGUCAGAUUCAAGAACAGGUCACCUUUUGGUUGACAGCGCUUACUAAAAAGCCUAGUUUACUCCUCUCCCAGCUCAUGGUAAAUGGAAGAAAAUAAAGAUUUGAAAUAUUAUUCAAAGUACUUUUAAACUGAGCCCCAGCUGAUGCCGUUGGUGUUGGUCAUAGGCUGGAGUUUGUCCUGAUAUGUGAGGUGCCACCACUGGCACAGAGAAACAACGGCAGCAUUUCUCUCCAUGUGUUAAUUUGAAGUCUAAACAGGGAAGGAAGGUUUAUCAACCUUCAUGCUAAAUCCUGUAGCACAGAAAUGUUGAGGGUAUCUCUCAGCCCAUGUGUAAGUGCUUCCAGGUCCUGCCUUGAAGAUGUUCAUUUAGCUGUAAUACUGUCUGCUGAUUAAAAUGCAAUAGCUUCAAUUUCUGAUAUCCCCAGGAAAGAAUGGAGCUAUGUUCAGGCAUCCUAGACAGGAACAGUAACAACCUAGGUUUCCAUAACAGUUAGAAGGUUACAUGUGAGUGAGAGCUUUUAGAUUCUGAAUUUGUAUCUCAUUUUAUCUCAAGCAGUUUGAUUCAAACUGCAAACAUAUUGGAAGAGAGUACAAAAAGGAGUGUUUUGCAAAUAGGUAACAUGUUUUUAAGCUCAUGUUUUUAAGCUAUGCAAACUGCACGUGUCUGCCCUGAAUAAAGUGUAUUGGUGCACAGAGAAACAUA